GUCAGACCGGCCGGCUCUCGGGGAAACCAGGUGGGGCUCUCUGUGCUAUGUCUUUGGGGGCCCAUCCCCAUCCUUGGAAGCCCCUAAUCCCCUCUCACCCCGGGGCUCCUUGAUCUCCCACGUUGAUGUGGAGUGUGUUGUGCUUCAAAGUGCUAAGAAAGAUGCAGCGACGGCACAGCAGCAUCACGGAUAGCCUUCCACCUGAAAGAAACCGAAGCCAAGCCAUCAGCUCGGACACCAACGUGGACGAAGGGGGCGUUUUCGAGAGCCUGAAGACGGAAGCCCCCUCCCCUCAGCAGCUCUUCUCGGGGCUGGGGGGAAUCCCAUCAGGCAGCAUCUCGGCCACCCCUUUCCAAUCCAGCUUGCUCCUGGGGUCCUCCGCCGGAGGAGGCGAGGUCUUCAUCCAGAUGCCUGCUGCCCAGGAGGAGGGGCCAAGCCGGGCGGAGGCGGGGCUGUAUCACUACCGGCCACCGCAUCAUCAUUACCAUCACAGCCACCCGAGAGGCCCCUCCCUUCUCCACAUGAGCGGGGCUGACCGCCACGGGCAUGCGGAAGAGACCCCCGAUGAGCCGCCGGGCACCCCAGCCCCUGCCCUUCCCGAGAUGAAGGCGGUCAUCUCCUGGUUGCAGGACGGCCUGCCCUUCAUCAUGAUCCUGCUGGCCAAAGUUUGUUUCCAGCACAAACUGGGCAUUGCCCUCUGCGUGGGCAUGGCUAGCACAUUCGCAUAUGCAAAUUCAGCCCUUCGAGACCAAAUCUCUUUAAAGGAAAAGAGAUCCAUCUUCAUGGUUUUCUGGAUCUUGGUCUUCCUUGCAGGGAACACCCUGUACUUGCUCUACACCUUCAACUCCCAACAGCUGUAUAACAGCCUCAUCUUCCUGAAGCCCAACCUGGACAAGCUCGAUUUCUUCGACCUGAUGUGGAUGGUUGGGAUCACAGAUUUCGUCCUGAAGUAUCUCACCAUCGCUUUGAAGUGCCUGGUGUUGGUCCUGCCCAAGAUCAUCCUUGCGGUUAAAUCAAAGGGGAAGUUCUACCUGGUCAUUGAAGAAAUAAGCCAGUUGUUCCGUUCUCUGGUCCCCAUCCAGCUGUGGUAUAAGUACAUCAUGGGAGAUGAUCCAUCCAGCAGCUAUUUCCUUGGGGGGAGUCUCAUCAUCAUGUACAGCCUCUGCAAAUCUUUUGACAUCUGUGGCCGUUUGGGAAGCGUGACCCGGGCAGUCAAAGUCCUCUGUGCUCCUCAGAGCUACGGGGUCCGUGCAAGCAACCAGCAGUGCAGCGAGGCGGGCGACAUCUGUGCCAUCUGCCAGGCUGAAUUUAGAGAAGCAGUGAUGCUCUUAUGCCAGCAUGUUUUCUGUGAAGAAUGCCUCUGCCUCUGGUUUGACCGCGAGAAGACAUGUCCACUCUGCCGCUCCGUAGCCGUGGAAACCGUGCGCUGCUGGAAGGACGGUACCACCUCUGCUCAUUUCCAGGUGUAUUGACUUGCAGGAUGUCCCAAAAUGCCGAGAAGCUAUCUUAGUGAGGAAGGGUAAGAGGGAGCAUUCUUCAGAAUAUCUCUGUGGAGUCACUGUAACUCCCCCUUUCUUGCAUAAGGCAAGUGGCAAAAAUUCCUCAUCUUUUCUCUGGAGCAUCAGUUAUGGGUGGAAACUUGAAGGUUGACUUCCUUUCAUUCCUUCCUUGCUUGUCAAACUGCUUUACUCUUAAACAAUUGGGUACUUAAUUGAGAUCCUGAGUUACAUCCGUUCUAUCACCAGGAGCCCCGGUGGCACGGUGGUUAAAGGGCAGUAUUGCAACCUAACUCUGCCCACAGUCUGGAGUUUGAUCGUGACAGGCUCAAAGUUCACUCAGCCUUCCAUCCUUCGGAGGUCAGUAAAACUGAGGACCCAGAUUGUUGGGGGCAAUAUGUUGACAUCGUAAACCACCCGGAGAGUGUUGGGAAGCACUAGGGAGGGGUAUAUAAGUCUAAAUGCUAUUGCUGUUGCUAUCUCUUAUUGAGAGAUACUUUUGAGAGAUACAGGGAUGGGGGUGGGGAGAAUCACCAAGGUAUGUAAUUAACCUAUGGAACUCAUAAUGACAAGAUGAGGAAUUGGACCAGUUUCAACAAUACCUCAACCAAUGGCUACUAAUUGUGAUGGCUAAAUACAAUAUCUAUAUGUUGACUUAUUCAGUUAUUGGGUUCAGCAUUAGGAGAGGACCUGAGUUGUCCACAUCUGAUCAGCCUCUUUUGGAAAUAAAGAAUCCAGCAGGAUCCCUUGAGUGUUGUGAGAUAAAUUUUGAUUUCCUUUUGUCCAGACGAGAUGCUUUUCAAACGAUGGUCAUAAGUGAUUGAUAUCAUCCCUUUGUUCAUACGUGACGGACUGAGAAUACAGCGUCCGCUCUGGUUCCCCUAGAUUUUAUUUUCAAAGGUUGGGUGGAAUCUUUAUUUCAUUGUCUUCCACAUGUAACUACUAAUAAAACUUCAUUUGCCCAGAUGUAAUGAAAACAAGUCAACUGUGCACACCCAAUUCAUAGUUAGGAGAAAGCAAAGAAAUAAUUGGCACGGUUUGGUUGGAUGUGGUCUCCUGGAUUUGUAAUUUCCUGUGCAUGUUUUGGAGAUGGUGUCAAGAAAGCUAAACUCAAAUGCCACUUUGGGAGGGGGAAAAAAACCAAAACUCAGGAAAAGAUUGAUGUAAAGAAUUGCAAAAUAUAGAGUUUUAGUCUUUGCUGCAUACUAUGGGCCUACGAUGUCCUAAAAUAUGAAACAUUUAAACUCAUAGGCAAGAUUUGUCUGGUUUUAUGUGAUGUCCUGGGUGCUCUCUGAGUUUGGUGCUUUUCUUGCAGAUGUUGCAUUACCCAACUAAAUAACAUCAUCAGUGCUAGAAGGGAGCGUGGUUUGCUCUAAUUGUCUGGUUUUAGUUUGGCAUGCUAUGGAAACAUCUAAUUGUGAUGUGUAUUGGAUAUUGAAACAGUGUUAUCAUGUCACCUCCUAGUCCUUUCAUUAAACUAGACU